UAGUAUUUAAUUUCCAAUAUUAAUCUUUUCAGAUCCCAUGGAUUCACCAAAACUAAACCCAUACCCAAAUUGGUCAGCCCACAAUUUCUCGACAUCAUCAAUACCUGAAAUAAUCUCACCAUUUCGAAUACGAGCGGAUCAAUGCGAUCGGCUUUGGGUACUCGAUACCGGAAUUGCCAACAUUUUACCCGAUAAGGAACAGCUCACCAACCCACCACAAUUAAUCAUCUACGACCUUCACAGCGACGUUUUACUCCGCCGAUAUGAAAUCCCGGCCGACCAAAUUAAGAAAAACGUAAGUUUCUUCGCAAACAUAGCAAUCGAAGAUGACGAUUGCAGCGACACCUACGCUUAUUUAGCCGAUUUAGCAUCGCCGUGUUUGGUAGUUUACUCAUUUAAAGAUAAUGAAAGUUGGAAAAUAACUCAUAAUUAUUUUAAUAUCGAUCCGUUAUCCGGUGAGAUGUCUGUAAAUGGUAUUAAUUUUGAAUGGACGGAUGGUAUAUUUGGGUUAGCUCUAUCAAAAAGAGAUCCAAACGGUUUUAGUACACUUUAUUUCCACCCGAUGACAAGUACAAACGAAUUUUCGGUAAACACAAAAUUUUUGAGAGAUAAAACCGCUUUGAAAAACGAUAAUUAUUACCAAUUUAAACUGUUGGGAAGUCGGGGUAAAAAAUCUCAAAGCGGGGUUUCAUUUUUAGACAAAAAUUCGGGCGUUUUAUUUUACACUUUGUUAAAUUUGAACGCAAUCGCUUGCUGGAAAACGUCAAAUCCAUCGUACACCAUGCAAUCUCAAGGUAGGAUAUAUAUGAGUAACGUAACGAUGGUGUUUCCGAAUGAUUUAAAAGUUGAUUUUGACGGGAAUUUGUGGGCGCUUUCCGAUAAACUACCGAUGUUUUUGUACGAUAAAUUAGACCCGGAUGUUGUUAAUUUCCGGGUUUUAACGGGAUCGGUGAAGGAAGCGAUUCAGGGGACGACUUGCGAUGAGAAAUUAAAAAUUUCGAGCGAUGUUUCCGGGCGAAAAAUUCAAAUUGGCGAAAAAAAUAUUGGGAUUUGUGAGAAAAGUCGAGGGUUGUUGUUAGGUUUCGUAAUUUUAGGUUGUUUUUAUAAGGUUUUUUAUUAAAAAUUAUGAUUAUUCUUGUUUUUGACGAUUGUAAUAUAUUUUUUUUUGUACUUAAAA